AUGGGCGGCCCCGUCGCCGCUAACCUCCCUACGCGGCCCCGUUGCCGCCCCUACGCGGCCCCGUCGCCGCCCCUACGCGGCCCCGUCGCCGCCCCUAGCGGCCCAGUAGACGCUCCCCUCCCUACACGGCCCCGUCGCCGCCCCUACGCGGCCCCGUCGCCUCCCCUACGCGGCCCCGUCGCCGCCCCUAGCGGCCCCGUCGCCGCCCCUAGCGGCCCCGUCGCCGCCCCUAGCGGCCCCGUCGCCGCUGACAUUCCUACGCGGCCCCGUUGUCGUCCCUACGCGGCCUCGUUGCCGCCCCUACGCGGCCCCGUUGCCGCUCCUAGCGGCCCCGUCGCUGCUCCCCUCCCUACGCGGCCCCCGGCCCCGUCGCCGCCCCUACCCGGCCCCGUCGCCGCCCCUAGCAGGCAGACGAGCCGCCCAGCAGAAGCAGCCGCCCCUGGAGCAGCCGCCAUUACAGCAGCCGCCCCUGGAGCAGCCGCCACUGCAGCAGCCGCCCCUGGAGCAGCCGCCACUGCAGCAGCCGCCCCUGGAGCAGCCGCCACUGCAGCAAUCGCCCUUGGAGCAGCCGCCACUGCAGCAGCCGCCCCUCGAACAGCCGCCACUGCAGCAGCCGCCCCUCGAACAGCCGCCACUGCAGCAGCCGCCCCUGGAGCAGCCGCCCCUGCAUCAGCAGCCCCUGAAGCACCCGCCACUACAACAGCCGCCCCUGGAGCAGCCACCACUGCAGCAGCCGCCUCUAGAGCAGCCACCCCUGGAGCAGCCACCACUGCAGCAGCCGCCCCUGGAGCAGCCGCCACUGCAUCAGCCGCCCCUGGAGCAGCCGCCCCUGAAGCAGCCGCCACUGCAGCAGCCGCCCCUGGAGCAGCCGAACUGCCCUGUCCGUACUGCUGUUACUGCUGCUCUUACUACUGCUGCUCUUUCUACUACUACUGCUGCUCCUGGCGUGGCCAGAUGCAGCUCCAGCGUCGCCCGCGUGAGUCCCUCACCCCCCAACAGCUUCGUGAGUGUGCCGAGGGAGUCUAUCACCUGUGUGUGCCGCCUGACCCCGGUAUCCAGUCUGCUGCUCUAGGUGCUGGUGAGGCUGCUGCUCUAGGUGCUAGUGCGUCUGCUGCCCCAGGUGCUGGUGAGUCUGCCCUCUCAGAUGCCACGUCGGCUCAGGCCUUACACACCUUCACCCUUGACUCGGGUGAUUCCCGCUCCUUCUUUCGAGACCGCACCACUCUUACGCCGCUUAGUCGGCCGGUUGCGGUCUCCCUGGCGGACCCCUCUGGGGGUCCUGUCCUUGCUAGCUUCUCCACUGUCUUACCGUGCCCGGCAGCCCCCUCUGGCACCCUUUCUGGUCUCUACCUCCCCUCGUUCUCUACGAACUUUGUGAGUGGAGCUGAUCUACAGGAUAGGGGGGUUGACCAGUUCACUCCUGCGAGUCAGCGGGUGACCCACUGCACGUGUGCUCGGACAGGCCGACACUUGGCCACGUUCACCCGUUGGCCGGGGUCUCCUUGCUAG